AACAACAAGGGCAACUCCCCCUGUUUCUCCCGUUUCCUUCUCUCUCUUGUUCAGUGCUUUUCUUCAUGACCAAACAGGCCGUGUUAGUGCCUCAAGAGAUUCUAGGCCCAAUCUCAACUCCGGCCACCUCAACGGCGAAGAUGAUGGGUCUUCCUCCUCGGAGCGCCGUCUCCACCGCCAACUACAAGAAGCUCAUGACUCAUCUUGAACUCCAUGAAAUUGGAAGCAGGAGCUCUGUUUGCUUUGAAUCCAUGAGAGUUUCCUCACCAACACAGUUGAGAUCUGUUCCCUUUUUACCUACCUCACAAUCGGAAAGCGACGACAGUGAUUGGAUCAGACGGCACCCAUCGGUGUUGAGCAAGUUUGAAGAGAUAACUGAGGCGGCGAAGGGGAAGAAGAUAGUGAUGUUUCUCGAUUACGACGGCACUCUGUCCCCGAUUGUGGAUGAUCCGGACUCUGCUUUCAUGUCCGAAGCGAUGAGAGCGGCGGUGAAGAGCGUGGCGAAGUAUUUCCCGACUGCUAUAGUGAGCGGGAGGUGCAGAGACAAGGUGUUCAACUUUGUGCAAUUGUCAGAGUUGUAUUACGCAGGGAGUCAUGGUUUGGAUAUUAAAGGGCCCACCAAAUGGCCUAAGCACAUAAAAGCCAAGGCAAAGUCGAUUCUGUGUCAGCCCGCCAGUUCAUUUCUACCAAUGAUUAAUGAGGUAUACAAAUUACUUCUGGAGAAAACCAAAUUGAUUCCUGGUUCUAAGGUGGAGAACAAUAGAUUCUGCAUAUCAGUUCACUACCGUUGCGUAGAAGAAAAGAGGUGGAAUGGACUUGCAGAGGAAGUGAGAUCAGUUUUAUCAGGCUAUCCAGACUUAAAAUUAACUCAAGGGAGAAAGGUAUUGGAGAUUCGCCCCAUCAUCGAAUGGGACAAAGGGAAGGCCCUUGAGUUCUUACUCGAAGAGCUCGGAUUUGCCGACUGCAAUGAUAUUUUGCCCGUCUAUAUUGGUGACGACCGCACCGACGAAGAUGCUUUCAAGGUGUUGCGGGCCCGCGGGCAGGGAUUUGGUGUUCUGGUUUCAAAAUUUCCCAAGGAAACUUGCGCUACUUACUCCCUCAAAGAGCCUUCGGAGGUUAAGGAAUUCUUGAGGCGUUUGGUUGAGUGGAAGCGUAUUUCAAUGAGCUAAGGAUGUGAUAAGAUUAUGCUAAUGAUAAUACUAAAAUAACUUAACUAUAUUGUUAUAGAGAUUUUUCUAAUUUAAUUGAACCACUUUAUCUCUUCAUUUUCCUUUUUUUUUUGU